CAGCCACCUGCAGGAAGUCGGCCGUCCGCUUAUCUCCUCCCUUCUCCGCCUGCAGCCAGAUAACAGCCCCAACAGUUGGACCCGGAGCCGAGCUGCAGUCCACCGCCGCGACCCCCCGAAGGACAGCAGCUCUUCUCCACUGCGCGCUGACCGUAACUGGAUGUCCGGUAAAGUGUGAAGAAGUUAAUCGGAGACACCGUGGAUAAAGAGGAAGGCUGAGGGGAGACACCGAGGGGGGAGACGCCGAGGGGGGAGACACGGCCGCAGCUUUCCGUUAACUCAGCUCCAAGCGCGCGCGACGGCGGCUAUAACGGCACCAUGAGCGUCCCGCUUUACGCACCGACCCCCAUCCAGGCGGCUCACCCGACGCCCUUCUACAUCGAGGACAUCCUGGGGAGGACCGCCACCACCUCCUCGCCCUCUUCCUCUUCGUCCUCCUGCUGCUCCACGCCAGUCGUUCCCACGCCGACCCUCCCGUCGGCCAACUCCUCCUUCACGAGCCUCAUCUCGCCGUACCGGACACCGAUCUACGAGCCCACGCCGAUCCACCCGGCGCUGUCCCACCACCACCACGCCGCCGCCGCGCUCACCGCCACCUACGCGUCCGCGGGAGCUUUUGCCGGCUCCAUCUACCCGUUCCACCACCAGCACCACCGCUCCAUGGGGGAGUACGCGCACGCGCUGCUGAGGCACGACCCUCUCGGAAAACCUCUGCUGUGGACCCCCUUCAUGCAGCGGCCCCUGCACAAGCGGAAAGGGGGUCAGGUCCGGUUCUCCAACGACCAGACCAUCGAGCUGGAGAAGAAGUUCGAGACCCAGAAGUACCUCUCGCCCCCGGAGAGGAAGCGACUAGCCAAGAUGCUGCAGCUCAGCGAGAGACAGGUAAAAACCUGGUUUCAAAACCGACGGGCGAAGUGGCGCCGACUAAAACAGGAAACUCUCCCGGGGGGCAAGAGGGAGGCGGAGGAGGAGGUCUGCGCCGCCGGCGGCAGGAGCAGCAAAGGAGGCGAGACCACCGAGUCCUCCGGGACCCGGAGCCCGGAGCACAGACACACACUCCCGGCCUCCGAGCCGGUGCAGGUCGCGGGCCGCGGCGUGAUGCGCUCCGGGUCCCCGCAGCAGCAGCAGAUGCAGACACAGCCGCAGACGCAGCCGCAAACGCAAAUGCAAACGCAGCCGCAGCCCCCCCACACGGAGCUGGACUCUGAGGUGUCGGACGACACGGACCAGGAGCUGGACAUCGAGGACGACGACGAGGACUUCACGCGGCACCCAUAGGAGCCACGUGGGUCCACAGUGACACCGGGCCCGCCAUGAUGGAGAUCACUUUGACACUCACCUUUUUUAAUUUGGGUUACGCCAUGACGUCAGACAGAUGGAGAGACUACAUCCUGUAAUAUUCAGGUGAAAUAUUUCAGUGGGACUCACUGAACAUGUAUUAAUAGCACUCUGCUGUAUGUGUGUGUUAUGUCGGUCACUGUAAACGUGUGUGUGUGCGUGCGUGCGUGUGUGUGUGUGUGUGUGUGUGAUGAUGAGCUCUCGUAUGUUCUAUAAGUCGUUGCCUUAAAAAUGUGAUAUUCAAAUAAAUAAUCAAAGUAU